GGUAGCUGUCCGCUCCGAAGAGUCCAGACGUGCACGCGCGUACGAGCCAACGGAGCUCACAGUCUCGGUGUGUCGUGUGUCGCGUCGCAUUCUUGUCCGCUUGGAACGGGUCGUCGUGCACACGGUCGUGUGGUGUUGUUGUUUUUUUUUUUGGUUGGGAACUGGCAAACAAUCAGAAAACCACCAGGAAGCGCAACAUAGACAGGAGCACGCAUCCUCCUACCAGCCAGCUCAGAAGGAAACCUGCGGGGAUCGGAUCGGAUAUUCAUCUUUCCUUGUUCGCGUUCGUAAAAAAAGGUUAAAUAAGUGCAAGUUUUGGGUGAAUACAAAAAAUAGUGACAGCAUUGCCCUAUAGCUCAUCAUAUUCUAGCAGCUAGUCGACCGAAGAACGGCGAUGAAGCAGCAACAACGAUCAUCCCCUUCGCAGUAGCAAGAAGCGUAGCAACCGACUUCCAACCACCGCUUGCUGCGUGCAGGCUUACAAUGAAAAGUUGAUCGACGCAUCCGUUUACCUUGAUGCCGGCGGUGCCAAAGGACGGCGAAGGAUCGAAAGUGAUGAAGGGACAAUGGGAAGCAAGGAACCAACCAGCAAAGUGUGCAGUGUGUAUAGUGUAGUUGUUGGAGGUGGAAUAUAGUUCGCGUAAAGUGUGUCAUAUCAUUUCCAUUCUUAUUUUGCGCAUUCGUACGAAGAAGAAGAAAGUGUGUGUGUGUGAGUGCGUGUGUUAGUAAAUCACUGGUAGUUGCUGUAGUGCGGAAGUGUGCGUUAUCCUUGUGCGAGCUACAACGAGGUUUCGCGAAACGGCCGAAACGGCACACAUCACAUAGAGACUCGCGCAUCCUUUUUCCAUAAAUCAGCACAAACAAGCAGCAGCAGCCAUCGUAGCCCUAAAAAUAGGAGAAAAGUGCUUAAUAAAAACACACCAACGGUCGGCCUCGAUCCGUGUGCCGCCAUCGUUUUCGGUGCAGUUGUGCUACCGGCACAUUCAUCCUUAUACAAACACACGUAAGCGUAGUGUCCUUUUUCUUCUCUGUGUGUGUGUGUGUGUGUGUGUGGUGUCGUGUGACCCGGUGUACAGCAGAAGAUAUCCGCCCACUCAGCGGGAAAAACGACAACAGCAACAAGGAAAACCCCGAGCCACAGAUUUAUUAUUCAACAGUAUUAGUUAGCCGAGGCCGGGCAAAGCGCCUAGGCUGCCGUGAGGUGCUGAGAAGAAGAUCAAGAGCAAGCAAAGAUAUAAAACCACAAAACACGCGUGGGAAAACGCUUUUCUCGGAAGCACCAUCGCCAGUGAUUCCGGUGACGGUGGAAAGGAUUGUCUGUGUGUGUGUGUAUGUGUGUGAGUGGGGAUUCCGGAACGCCGAAGGAAGCGACACACGUGUGAACGUUCGAACGCGAACGCGGCUCCCUGUUCUUGGGCGACAACUCCGUCAGAAAUAUUCCCACGGAAAAACCAUCCUGGAAGGAGCAGUGUAUCCCGAAACGCCAUGGAUCCAGGCAUGAUGGCGGGAAACACGACCAGCGCUGAAAGUGGUGCGAUGCUCGGAAGUAUAGGAGGCCACCCACACAAUCCACUGCGCCCCCAUGUCCAUCCAUCACCGACACCUGCCACAUUACAGCAGCAAUCCAAUCUGCACCAACACCACCACCAUCAUCACCAUCAUCCGCACCACCCGACGGAAACGCUGACGGAGGUGUCGGUCGUGGACAUAAACGCAUCGUUGGCCGCAUCGGCUCCGCUCAUAUCGCAACCGCACGUCGCAUCCGUACACCCGAUCGGUCCGGCCGGUGGUGGGGCCGGUACCGGCGCCGGCCAUGUGCCCGGUUUCUGCAACAUUCUGAACGCCUCCAACAGCAGCGAUCUGCAGGCGGUGGCGUACAAUUCGCUCACACAAAACGUGCGCUGCAAAUCCCCACCGACGCUGGUUGAUAAUCUAAAGAACGGGACAAUCGGGAAUUCUCAAAGUGCUCUCUGCAACGGAGCCAUCAUGACAAACGGGCAGACGAAAGAUUCGAAUCUAGCGCACGGUCUGGUGCGUAAAGUUCUCAACAAUAGCGAUGGAAACGGGCAGAAGAAGCCAAUGGUAUCACUCACGCACCUACCAAAGAGACCUCCGAUCGACAUCCAGUUCAUGGACAUGUCGUACUCGGUGUCCGAAGGUCACAAGCGAGGCUACAAAACCAUACUCAAAGGCAUUAACGGUAAGUUCCGGUCCGGGGAGCUAACCGCCAUCAUGGGACCGUCCGGUGCUGGCAAAAGCACGCUCAUGAACAUUCUCGCCGGCUACAAAACAUCACACCUCAGUGGUUCGGUGCUCAUCAACGGGAAGGAUCGCAAUUUGCGCAAGUUUCGCAAACUGUCCUGCUACAUCAUGCAGGAUGAUCGGUUGCUACCGUACCUUACGGUGCGCGAAGCGAUGAUGGUAUCGGCCAACCUGAAGCUCGGCAAGGACAUCUCCGUGUCGGCGAAGCGAGCGGUCGUGGACGAAAUCAUCGAAACGCUCGGUCUGCUGGACGCUGCCACUACACUCACGCUCAAUCUCUCCGGCGGGCAGCGAAAGCGGCUGUCGAUCGCACUCGAGCUGGUAAACAACCCGCCGGUCAUGUUUUUCGACGAACCGACGAGCGGUCUGGAUAGUUCGACCUGUUCGCAGCUGAUCGCACUGCUAAAGUCGUUAGCGCGCGGCGGUCGCACGAUCGUGUGCACCAUCCAUCAACCGUCGGCAAGAAUUUUCGAACUGUUCGACAAUCUGUACGUGCUGGCCGAGGGACAGUGUAUCUAUCAGGGGCGUGUGAACGGUCUGGUACCAUUUCUUGCCUCGCUCGGGCUUGAGUGUCCGAGCUAUCACAAUCCGGCUAAUUAUGUGAUGGAAGUGGCCUGUGGGGAACACGGUGAUUGGAAUAGCAAGCUGGUAACGGCGGUAAACAAUGGCAAAUGUAACAACUACAAUCAACCGCUCUCGCAAAGUAAAAGCACCUCCAACAAGAACGUAUCCCUGGAUGGCACAGCAAACGGUACAGGCGAUCGGGAGGAUGAUCUUACGCUGCUAAAAACGGUUGUUACUACCGGCGACUAUACCGCCAUUAGUAUGCCCGCGAGCGCACCACCCGAGUCACAGUUGAAUAACGAAAGCAAACAACCCACCGGGAGUGUUGCUGCCACGGAACGGAAACCGGAUUCGGUUACGGCCUCGACGACCACCACUACCACUGCAACGGCUCCGCUUUCAACGGGUGCGUCCGUUAUCCCAUCGUCCGACGCCACCGGCCCACUGUUACCGGCCGGUGUACCGGUUGCUGGAUCGACCCAAACCCAAACCAGCUGUAAGGCGACAUGCACCACCUCGUUGCUCGAUUCGACGGAGAGCGUUAGCAUAACGAUGCCGAAGAAGCAGGCCGGGUUUCCCACGUCCGGCUGGAUGCAGUUCUGGAUACUGCUCAAGCGUACCAUGAUCACGAUCAUGCGCGAUCAAACGCUUACACAGAUGCGGCUACUGUCGCACGUGAUCGUCGGUGCGAUCAUCGGCAUGAUCUACUACGAUAUCGGCAAUGAUGCGUCGAAGAUUAUGAGCAAUGCGGGCUGUAUCUUCUUCACCACGAUGUUUACCAUGUUCACCGCCAUGAUGCCGACGAUACUCACCUUUCCCACAGAAAUGGCUGUGUUUGUGCGAGAACAUCUCAACUACUGGUAUUCGCUCAAGUCGUUCUACUUCGCCAAAACGAUCGCAGAUCUUCCAUUUCAAGUACUCUUCACGAGCGUGUACGUCAUCGUAGUGUACUAUCUCACGUCCCAACCGAUGGACCCGAAGCGGGUCGGCAUGUUCGUACUGAUCUGCAUCCUCACGUCGCUCGUGGCCCAGAGUUUGGGUCUGCUGAUCGGUGCCGGCAUGAGCGUCGAAACGGGCGUAUUUCUCGGCCCAGUAUCCACCAUUCCGAUCAUCCUGUUUUCGGGCUUCUUCGUCAACUUUGACGUCAUCCCGAGCUACCUGCAGUGGGUGACGUACGUCAGCUACGUACGGUACGGGUUCGAGGGUGCGAUGGUGUCCGUGUACGGCAUGGAGCGGGAGAAGCUGGCCUGCACCGAGAUCUACUGCCACUUUCGCAGCCCGAAAAAGUUCCUCGAGGAGAUGUCGAUGGACAAUGCCGAGUACUGGAUCGAUGCGACCGCCCUGUUCGGUUUCUUCAUCGCGCUGCGCGUGAUCGCGUACUUUGUGCUGCGCUGGAAGCUGCAUUCCAUCCGUUAAAAUGAUCCACCCGAUCUGUCCCCCCAGAGGAUACCAAAGCCCAGAUAGAGCACGCGUUGUGACUCUGCGCUCAGUUUUGCCCGCUAGCUCGCUCGCUCGCUCGCUAGACCACAUGUUGCUUGCCCAAUUUGCUAUCUAUGCCCCGCCGAUCUAAUACAAAAAAGUAGCCAAAACCCCCCAAAGUGCGACAACCACCUGACCAGAACAACACACACACACACACGAACACGAAUACACGGCCUUUCGUGAAAUGGAGGAUCAAAUCUGACAAACUCUUUUUUGUACUUUUGUAUUUUGUAGACUAAACUGUAGACCUGUAGCACCACUCACCGCACAGACACAACGAGCUGUAUGUGCGCGUCCAGUCUUUUAGUGCUCUAGUGGAGAAGAUUUUCUUUUUCUCAUUUCCUACACAGUCCACCCUCUAGCGUAGCAUACCAUCUUUCCUACUCCUAGAUGUAUAUUUUAAACAGCAGAAGAAAAAAAAACUCUAAGCUACGUAACUGUAACAAGUCGAUCCAACGCGACAAUAUCUGUGUUCCGAAAAAAAAACCAAAACCUAGAAAGAGAAAGCCGCCACGGGAAUAUAUUCAGUGCAGAUCAUACGAAAACAGACCACAGAUCCACAUGCAAACUCUCAUAUACAAACACACACACUUGCAAAAAAAAACAUGUACGAUCGCAAUCACAUUUAUCGAUGUCCUUUAAAAGUAUUACAGUAGUAUUUAUACCGGCUCUGAGUGCAGCAGAAAAAAAGGCACACAAAAGACACGCGUGAGCUUUAUAAUAGCUCCUAACAUAACACACACAUACAGCAAAAUCCAUAAUCGUGUAGUGCAAGGAAACACACAUACCCGCGAAACCCAUUAAAGGCAAGAACAUGUUUGCGAAGAAAAGCUGAAACACGAAGCAGUUACAAACAACACAACAAGCAUCUAUAUAUACACACACACGUAUAAAAGUGGGAUAGAAAGUUUUUUGAAUCCGCUCGUAUAGGCAACCCAACACAAAACGUAUAUAGAACAGUUUAGAACAAAGAAGAAAAAAAAACAUAACAAAUGAAGAAAAAAUACAUAUAAAUCCAAAUAGAGAAACAAAAAAAACACGAAGUAACGAUCGGGGGUUUAUAGUUUAGUGCAUUUAGUCAAAACAAAAACAAAAAGAAACAAACAUUUAGUUUUACAAAAUUCGGAAAUUGAGAUAAGAAAUUGGUAAAAUAAUAAGGAAAACUGGGGAAACCCCUUUCGGCAUUCGGAUAACAAAAAAUAAGAACUAAGAAACAACAAGAUCGCCUAUAGAGAAACCAAACAAAAAAUGUAACAUGCUUAAGGGUGAAAAAUAUGAACGAAGAAAGUAUUUUCGGUUAGGUAAACACAAUUUACAAGCAAACCGACGGUCCCCGCGUUCAGGAACGGUGAAACAGCAACGUUCGUUUGUUAGGUUUACACUUUUUGUGUUACGAAGGAGCAUAAGAGAAGUAGAGAAAUCAAUUUGGGGCUUAGAAGAGGAAGAACCACGGACGCGACGAUAUCAGCCAAUUAACGAAUCAUGUUCGUUUUCUUUCUUUUGUACGUAACCCCAUCCCGGUAGAUAGUGUAAGCGGGCUAGAAGAAGAAGUUUAGCUUAGACCCGUUAGACGCGAAGAGUAACAUUGGGAAUUGAACUGAAGUCGAGCAGGGUUGAAGUGUGAGAAAACGUGUAAGCCGAACAGGGUACAGGAUGAGAGCUAUUGUGAGGGUGAAAGGGAAGGAAACGAAACGAAAGACUCUCCGUAGUUGAGUGUUAAGAAGCGAGCGGUAACCACUUGGAAUAUUUUGAUUUCGGCUUUCAUUUGCUUCGUGUGCGACACAUCAAUCAAUGCUUCAACGUAUUCUUUGCCACACAUUUGCUCUAAUUGGUGCUUAGUAUUGGGGAGUAGUAUUGAAGCUGUUCUGUAUAGGAGGAUUGCGUGACAGUGUCGGCAACCUUGCCCUUGGUGGAGUAGGAAUGAAUGAGUGGCCAAAAAGGUGGCCAACACAAGUGAUAUUAUUUCUUGUUUAUUCUUUAAGCUUCAAACCAACAAUAUCCCCUCCGAAAAAAAGGGAAGGCACAUUGAUUUGGUGUUGCUACUCACAGAUUUUUGUUUCUAAUUAUAUUUUUCUAACUUAAGACAAAUGCAUCUGCUUUGCGGCAGUUGCAUUACCGUAUGUGUUUCUAUACACACAAGCUGGAGUUGGAUGUUGGAUUUUUGUGGUACUUUUAGUUUUUUUUUCCUAUCUACCUUGCUACCUAUCUUAUACAACCUAUCGUUAAGCUGUAAGCUCUGUCAACGUGACAUUUAGUGCCCUAAUUUUUGUCCGAUUGCCGGUGUCGAGAGUGAAAUGCGUGAUAGCGGACGUGGGAAACGGGAAAGUUUUAUUUUACAUUCACCGAUACGAUUGCACCGCGAUAAGUAGAGGGGCAAGUGCGGAAAGUGCAGUUUUUAGCAAUUUCGAAUUGGGUCUGUAUGCGUGUGUGUGAUAAGUGAUAGUUAUUUCACCAAACAAACAUUAGGCACAUGGGGUGCAACACAGCGUAUAUGAUUAAUUUGGGAGGAAAACGAAAGGGCGGGAAGGCCGAGAGAAGCAGUGAAAGGACAUGGGUCCAUCCUUGGGACCGAUUUUUAUUUCUCUCUCACUCGCUCUCUCUCUCUCUACAUCUAUAUUACAUACAUCAUAUUUCUGUCGCGUGGUGCGUUUAGGAUUUCUAGCAUUAUAGGACAACACACACACACAAGAAAUACAUACAACACACACACACAUUGUAGGGUACACCCUAGGAAUGGAUGAAAGGGGAAAAUGUGGGAAAUGUGGUGGGAUGAACAAAAUAAAGAACCCAACAUUUUGAAACAAUGGGA